CAGACCUAAAGCCCUGAACCCAAACCAUCUCCCGUCUCCCCCCCGCCGCCCCCGGCUCCCACCCAUGGCGCCCACCGGCAAGUCCAGCCCCGCCACCGACGCCGCCGCCUCCACGGCGGACCGCAAGCCGUGGCGGCGGCCGCAGAUGAAGUCGAAGGCGGCGGGGAAGAAGAAGGCGGCGCAGGCGGCGCACAACAAGAAGCCCAAGUCGGGCGGGUUCGAGUCGAUGGGGCUGUGCGAGGAGGUCUACCGCGGGGUGCGCCAUAAGGGCUACCGCGUGCCCACGCCCAUCCAGCGCAAGGCGAUGCCGCUCAUCCUCGCGGGGCUCGACGUCGCCGCCAUGGCCCGCACCGGGUCAGGGAAGACCGCCGCCUUCCUCGUGCCCAUGCUCCAGCGCCUCCGCCACCGCGACCCCGGCGCCGGCAUCCGCGCCCUCAUCCUCUCCCCCACCCGCGACCUCGCCACGCAGACGCUCAAGUUCACCCACCAGCUCGGCAAGUUCACCGAUCUAAAAACUGGCCUAAUUGUUGGCGGAGGUAGUAUGGAGAGUCAGUUUGAAGUAUUGGCUGAUAAUCCCGAUAUCGUAAUUGCAACACCUGGUAGGUUUGUGCACAUCUUGUCAAUGGUUGAUGACUUGUCACUGCGAUCAGUAGAAUAUGUUGUAUUUGAUGAAGCGGAUUCCCUCUUUAGCUUGGGGUUUGCCGAGCAAUUACACAAAAUUCUACACAAGUUGAGUGAUACAAGGCAAACAUUGCUUUUCAGUGCUACUAUGCCGAAAGCCCUUGCAGAGUUCGCAAAAGCUGGCUUGCGUGAUCCUCAAGUCAUAAGACUUGAUUUGGACAAAAAGAUCAGCCCUGAUCUGAAGCUUGCCUUUUUCACACUGCGUCAGGAAGAGAAACUAGCUGCUUUGCUGUAUUUGGUCCGGGAGCAUAUCAGCUCUGAGGAACAGACAAUGAUAUUUGUUUCAACGAAGUAUCAUGUAGAGUUCUUGAAUAUUCUUUUCAGAGAAGAGGGCUUAGAAGCUUCCCUUUCCUAUGGUGCCAUGGAUCAAGAAGCCCGCACUAUUCACAUUUCAAGAUUCAGGGCAAGGAAGACCAUGCUACUUAUAGUGACAGAUGUUGCUGCAAGGGGUUUGGAUAUUCCAUUGCUUGACAAUGUAGUGAACUGGGACUUUCCUGCUAAACCCAAGUUAUUUGUUCAUAGAGUUGGCCGAGUAGCUAGGCAAGGUAGAACUGGUACAGCAUUUACAUUUGUCACAUCAGAGGACAUGCCAUUUUUACUGGACCUACAUCUCUUUCUUUCAAAACCUCUUAGACCUGCUCCAACGGAGGAUGAACUGCUGAAAGACAUGGAUGGAAUGAAUUUAAAAAUCGACCAAUCUCUUGCUGAUGGUGAAACGAUAUAUGGCCGUUUUCCUCAGACAAUACUUGAUCUUUGCUCUGAUGGAGUAAAAGAAGUCAUCAGUGGAUGCACAGAUCUGAUUGCAUUGGAAAAGCCAUGCGCUAAUGCUUUCCGUUUGUAUCUGAAGACUCGCGCUAUGCCUUCAAAGGAAUCUGUCAGAAGGGCAAAAGAUUUGCCUCGUGAAGGUCUUCAUCCAAUUUUCAGAGAUGUUCUUAGACCUGAUGAAAUUUCAGCUAUUGCGUUCUCGGAUCGGCUGAAAUCAUUUCGGCCAAAGCAGACUAUUCUAGAGGCUGAAGGUGAAGCUGCUAGAUCAAGAAGUUCUAAAGGUAGCAGUCAAUGGCUGGAUGUGAUGAAGAAGAAAAGAGAAGUCCAUGAGGGGAUCAUAAAUUUGGUGCAUCAAAAGAAUUCUGGCGAUCUGGCAACAAAGGAAGAAGAGACAGAAAACAUUUCUAAUUGGGAGAAGAAAGAAGUUUGUGGUAAGAAGCGGAAGUCGCAGAGCUUUAGAGAUGAGGAUCACUACAUAAGUUCAGUGCCUCAAAACCAACAUUCAGAAGCUGGGUUGUCAGUAAAGGGAAAUGAAGGAUUUGUACAAGAUAGAUUGGAUGCUGCUGUCCUUGAUUUAGUUGAUGAUGAAACUUCUGGAAUGCAAGCCCAGAAAACUCGAUAUCACUGGAUGAAGAACAAGUUUGUCAAGUUGAAUAAUGGGGAUCGUGUCACUUCUACAGGAAAGAUUAAAACGGAAAGCAGUGCAAAGUUAAAGGCAAGUAAAGAUAUCUAUAAGAAAUGGCAGCAGAAGUCACAUAGAGCAAUCAGUUCUGGUGGAAACGAUGGUGCAGAAGGGGGCACAUCCACGCCAGCUGGCUAUCAAAGAGGAGGAAACAGAAGAUACCCUGCAGCUGGCCGCGGCCGUUCGUCUAUACCAAAUGCUGAUGUGCCAUCAGAGAUAAGAAAUCCCCAACAGAUGCGGAAGGGCAGGCAGGAAAAGGCGAUGCAAGAUCUGCGCUGGAAUGACAAAUCUGCAAAAGACGGUAAAUUUCCCGGAAAGUUCCAGAAAAACAGGAGGCCUAAUGGAUCUGGAAGGGAUGAUAAAUUCCAAGACAGCAGAUCCCAGAAGAACCGAAGACCAGAGGGGAAAGGGAAAGGGAAAGGGAAAGGAAAAGGGGGCGGAAAAGGCAACGCCAAAGGGUUUGGUAAAGGUAAAGGAAAAGGCAACCCCAAAGGGAGGGGUGCCAGGUGAUUAAUUUGUCCACAACGAAGAAAUAUUGUUGUAGAACCAACAGGAAAGAAGCAUGUGCCUCUGAUAUGACACGUGCUUGUUACUUGCCCUAGUCCGGGUCCCUGGUUUAAUGCAGUUUUGUUUCAGUUCUAUUGUGAUAGCCGGGGAAAUAACCAUGAUUUUUGCCAGAAAUGUAACCGCCUUUGUUGUGAUGAGAAGUACUUGCUCAUGGGUUUAAUCUGAUUCGCAUCCAA